AUGCAUGGGUCGAAAUCGCCUUUGAGUCAAGACAUUAUAAAUGCGACUAAAGUCAACUAUCCUUAAGGUUUAGGCUAAUUAACUCCAAUGGGCAUGAGACAAAUGUAUUUGAGAGGAAGAGAAAUAAGGAGACGAUAUGUCGAGAACCAAAAUUUCCUUACCAAAUAUAUGGUUCCUACAGAGAUAUAUGCUUAUGCUUCACCUUCAGACAGAACUUAUAUGAGUGCUAUGGCUCACAUGAUGGGUUUAUAUCCUCCAGGCGGCCCUCAACCAUUGUCACCAAAUUAAACUUAAAAUGCAGUGCCUCCUAUGCCUAUCGAAAAUCUAGAGCAAAUUCAAGAAAAACUUGGAGAAUAUGCUUUAGAAAACAACUUCUAGACAAUACCAAUCCACUCAGAUGCCGGUGAUUUGGAAUCAAUGCUAACUAAAGGAUAUGACCCAGCUGUUUGUCCUAUCAUUGGAGAAAUUCAAAUGUUUGAAGCCAUCAAUAAUACUCAGGUUAAUCAUACUUUCUAGAAUUACACUAAUAUUCUCUAUCCCUUACUGCAGAACAAAUUCAAAUUAAAUAAGUCUGAACCUUUUGACAUGGAAACUGCUAGAUAUAUAAUUGAUGAAAUUAAUUCAAAUAAAAAUGAAAAGAGGUACGUCAAUUAUGAGUUCACUUAGGAUGAAUGGAAACUCAUUGAUUAAUUCGAACACGAUUAUAUGUAUUCGUACUCCUUCCUCAAUGAUACAGUAGUUCAACUAGCAACUACAGAAUAAUUCAAAUUCAUUCUAAAACUCUUUGACAGAAAAGCUAAUGCUUCUCUCGGCCACAUUAAUAAUACUAAUGCCUACACUUAGAAUCUUAAAUACUACUAUUCAUCAAUAAAAUCACAGCAUCUUACUGCAAUUAUCAAAGGACUUCAACUACCUGAAUAAUUUAGAUACUUACCAAAAUAUUCAUCAUCACUGUUGAUUGAAUUUUGGUAGAAAGACUAUCCAAUGUCAUAAGAGGAGGAUACCCAUUACGAGAGAUAUAAUUACUACGUUAAAUUCUUCUAUGAUGACGUACCUUUUAAACUUUCUGGUGCUGAAUGUGAUAACGACUAUAAAUGCUAAUGGGACAAAGUAGCAAAUGUGUUAUAAGGCAGGUUGUUUAGAGAUGUUGUAAAUAAUGGAACUUACAAUAACAACAUGAGGCAAUUCUGCUUCAGCCAUUUGAAUUAUGAAGUCACAGCUAGCACAUAUGAGGAGAACUUACCAUGGUGGUUGGCUUUUAUCAUAGCACUUCCUCUAGUGGGUAUUACAGUAGCAAUUAUAAAGAUAUUCUUGAUAAUCAGAGACAAAAAGUUAAGAGCACAGGCCUAGCAAAGCAGAGGCAAUUAUGGAGUUCUUAAUGCUAGUUGA